AUGGUCGAACGCCAGAAGUCUAAUGGAGCACCUCACCAGCGACUCAGUGACGCGAGGAACAGUGAAAUAUCUGGGCCCGAUUAUGGGAAAUGUCAGACUCAAGGAGAUGGCUUUUAUCUGAACUUUGAACAUCCUUGCACAUUAGCACAGUACGUUACAAUCUACGGCAGCAAACUACUAAUCUAAUCUAUAUCUCCCGAAUUGUAAUUGUAGACGCUUGAAGAAUGUAAAGCAAAUAAAAAAAUAAAUAAAAAGAACGGUCUGGCACUUUCUUUGCUAGCCUUAAACCUUAUUUUAGUUUGUACCUAAAUCUUUCAUCUUAAUAACGUACUUGAAAUGACAAAAUAACAGUGAAAUCUUUGCUCAAACGCCGCAUUGAAAUGGGAAUUUUCUUCAAUUGUUGCUUAAAAUGUCGCCACGUUGCAACAGCAUAAUAAACGACCAAGGCACCAUUCACAAGUAAGAAUGCUGUAGUAUAUGACGCAUAAAUUUUGGAAGUUAUGGUACUCUGAAAAGAUUUAUUCAGUUUUGAAAAAAGUUGUGUUAUUUGAAGAUUAUCGCUGUCUUCUUACUCGGUCAACAACCGUAAAAGUAGGUAACUCAUUGUCGUUGACAUCACAUUCCGACACAUUUCCAAACACAAUUUCUUUAUAACUAUUGCCAUCUUCAAAGUUGUAAACGUUUGUCAUACAACCAGCAGUACAAAAUGCAAUAACAAGUGCCCAUCUUUUAUAUAUCAACCGUUUUGUAAUCGCAAACUUGUAUAGUAUUUGAUAACGUAAGUUAAAUUGCAACACAGGAGCGCAUGCCGAUAAGGAAAAAGUAAUAAAUCUUGUAACAAACAAUACGUACUGUAUAGUUUUGUUGACGUUAUAGAAAAGUAUUGUAUCAGUGAAGUAAAACACCAGGUUACCUCGUUGAACGAUUUGCUGAAAAUACACUUUUUUUAAAUUUGUAAAGAAAGGCCACGUCGGAUCACUUUUUUUUGAUUUAUGAUGAGCCUUUGAAGUCUUGGUUUGCGCUUUGGCCGGCUUAAUAUUAAAAUAAUAUAAAUUUAUUCAAAAUAACCUUUAAAUUAAGUUUUUUUACAAUUUUUGUAGUUCAAAAUCUCUUGUUCUGAAACCCAAACUUAGCGCCCGACCCUACUACUUACCAUACCAAUGAAAAAGUCUAUUGCACUUUGAAAUAAGUUAAAACUAGCAGCCAAACUUAGUAUUGUACCAUAAUUUUUGAGCUUAACUUUUUGUUUGUAGCACAAAAACAUAACGCUCAAAUUGCAAACAAUAGAUACAGCAUAAACAAUGUAAGGCCAGUACCGGUCAAAGGUCAUAAUAAAACCUCUGUUGCACAAAUCAGCAACAUUUGCCAUUUACUUUGUGCAUCAAGACCUUUAGUUUACGUAGCUUAAAAGUUUCCAAUUUUUAAUUAAAACUCAAAUCUUGAAAAGUAUGUUACACCGCUGUAAACAACUACAAUAAGACGUUUUGAGAAAAUAAUUGAGUUGUAGGAAAUGGAACUAUAGAAAUAUUAUACAAAAUGAUGUUUUUGUAGCGUUUUGCGUGUUCUGUACUUUUUUUUAAAACUAUUUGUCACGGUUGUAAGUUUGAAGACAUUUGUGUUCUCAAUACAUGUUAAGGCGUUGGAAUAAUUUUUAAGCCUACCCACAGGCUUCGGUUUCGACUCUUGGUUUUAGGUGAGUCGGCUCGGUUCGAUGCGUUUCGGCAUUUUGCAAAACAAGUCUUUCGUUGCAAGACCUAAACCGGGGCCUCGGGGUUUUGUUUUGUGCCUCGGGUAUCGGGUUCUAUUAUAUUAUAUAUACAUGUGCUGGAUUGAUCCAAGAACUUUUAAUUUUCAUCUGUUUAGUCCGUUCUAGCUCGGUUCGGCUUAGUUUAAAUUAGACCGGCUUAGCCCAGUUAACUCCAGUUUAGUCAAAUCUAGUAAUCAGCCCAGUUCAGCCCAUCCCAGCUUAUUCCAGUUCAAUCCAGUCCAUUCCAGUCCAGUCUACUCUAGCCUAUCAAAUCCCAGCCCAGCCCAGCUCAGCUCAGCUUAGCUCAGUUCAGCUCAGCUCAGCUCAGCUCAGCUCAGCUCAGCUCAGCUCAGCUCAGCUCAGCUCAGUUCAGCUCAGCUCAGCUUAG